AUGCUGCUAUACUCACCAGAUCACUCGCCAUCGCAACGUCGAAAGAUUUGGCCUGAGCGACCAGUGGCCGACUUCUUGGUUAGCAUGUUCCUGACGGAGAUGAAUCGCGUUCAGGAGGUGAUUCAUGCCCCUUCAUUCCAGGCACAGUAUACCUCGUGGUGGAUGACACAAGAAAGUAAUGAAUUCGCGGGCGAGAAUAAUAUGUCGGAUGAAGACAUGAACUUCGGGUUGCUGGUGAUUCGAAUCUGUCUUAUCGGUGUCCAAUCCCUUCCUCAUUCGCGAUACCCCACCACGGCUAUAAUAAAGACCCAUCCAAACCAGUUCGAACAAUGGCUUUAUGCUAUUGCUGAUGAGAUCGACAAGUCUCUACAGUCCAAAAAGCCUUCACUAGUGACAGUCCAGCAUCGUUACUGUCAUGUCCUCUAUCUGAAGAACAGCGCGAGGAUUCGAGAAUCAUGGUCCGUUCUUAGUGCGACUGUGAAAGAUGCUCAUGAGAUCGGAUUACAUCUCAAGGAUCCUGGGGUUCCCGUGAGUGAUUUGGAAAUGGAGAUUCGCAGACGAACUUUCUGGACCUUGUAUGUUUGGGAUCGUUUCAUGUCUACAUUUUUCGGACACUGGCCGUUGAUUCCUGAAGGCUACUUCGAUAUCGAUCUCCCACAUGAUACCCUAGAAGUCAUCACGAUCACCCCCUACGUCCACACGCCGUUCACAGACCGGAUCUUCCAUAUGAAAUUGGCACGGUUCAUGACAGCGUUUAUGAGCCCACCUUCCUGGCAGCAUGAUCGAGUUGACUCUAUCGUCAUAGCGGAUUUUACACAGCGAUUCCAACAAGUCAUUAUAGACCAACUGCCGCCCGUGUUUUGGAUGGAUAACCCGGAUACCAGAUGGGAUGCAGCUGAUACCGCUUUGCCUGCCAAAAGAGAAAUGCUACGCCUUUUCAUUUGGGCUACGAAGGCGUCUCUAUACAAAGCUUUCGCCGACCCUUGCAACAGCCUUCAACAAGAGAAGUCUCCAGUUCUAAAGAAUGGAUGCGACCUUAUUGCAUUGCAUCAUCGCCGGACUCUGAUGGGUACAACUUGCAAGGUAAUAUCGUGCAUCACCAAUUUGUAUACGCUGCUUGGCGACCAAGACGGUGGCGCUGGAGAGAAACUAUUCUUGCUCCCAACCUCUCUUGUCGAAGCGUUAGCCAACCUGGGCAUUUGUCUACUCUCCAUCCAGGCAGACAAAGGAGUCUUAGCGAUGAACGAUUUACAGUUACACAUUGAGCCCGACCUACAGAGCAACUAUUUAUCAUUUCUUGAAGGCUUCAGUGUUCUUGAUCGACACAGUUCGCACCACGGCAUUGCAAAGAAAGGCAUCAAGAUUCUCGAGACUCUCCGCGAUGCCUUACGCACAACAUAUGACAGCGCACAUUUACUUGAUACACAGGGUGGUCAGCAGCUUACGUCGGGCUCUCUUGUCUCGGGUCAGGGGCAUGGGGCUGAACGGUUUCAGUUGGAGAACAGCUUAGUAUCACAUUACAGCCGUGGGGGCAAGAAGCCGCAGCAUGCCCCCAUAUAUCCCCUUCCGGAAUGGCUGCCGUCAUUUCUGGCAUCACCAGGUCGAUCAUGGCUAUUCCAUGACGAAGCAGCAUAUAGAGAUCUUAUGGCAUAG